AACCCAGAUACAUCAUUACACAUUGAUCACAAAAUUCCCCCAAGCUAAGGUAGUUGUUUUCUAUUAAACUGCAUUAAAUAAUUAAAUCAAACCCAUCUAGGAAUUGAGGGUAUACACCAUUAUAUUGUAUUGAAUAAUGGAUAGAGUGACAAAGUUGGUUUCAGAGAGGCCAGUGGUGAUAUUUAGUAGGAGUACAUGCUGCAUGUGCCACACCAUCAAGACACUGUUCUGUGAUUUUGGUGUGAACCCAGCGGUUCAUGAGUUGGAUGAGAUACAAAGAGGAAGAGACAUAGAGCAAGCUCUUUCAAGGCUUGGUUGCAACCCUUCUGUGCCUGCAGUUUUCAUUGGUGGUGAGCUUGUUGGUGGAACCAAUGAAGUCAUGAGCCUUCACCUUAACCGAUCCUUGAUCCCUAUGCUCAAGAAAGCUGGUGCUCUUUGGGUUUGAAUUUUCAUUUCAUUUUCAUUUUCACAUCAUCAUCUUAUUGCUAUCACUAUCUACUCACCAUGCACACACAUGCACUUACUAAUAAGUCUGUUUUGGUCAUAGUAAUAUAUAUAUAUAUAGAGAGAGAGAGGCAGUGUCAUAUAUUCAUAUAAUAUAGAGUUCAUAUAUAUAUGGCACUAGAUGCUUGCUAAAAGAAUGAUGUAAUUAUCUUUUUGAUGAUUAUAAUAAACUAAUACAUGGAGUU